UGCGGGCAUAUGUAUGCGCGGAUCAGCAGGUGCUGUGUUUAACAAAACUGGAUGGAAGUCACGGUUACAAGCACGCCGAUCUGAGGGAACAUUCUCACGGUACGGACUCUUAUUUCCAGGAUGCGCUGACAUAUAUGACAUGCUCACGGCGAUCGGCAGUCACAGAUAAACUCCACCUGGCAUCUCCACUCCCUCGGUAGCCAUGGCUUUCGCUAUAUCUGGAGGGACCGUGUUCACCAUCCUUCUCAUUAGCAGGUUGUUAGAGAGCUCGUUGCUCAACGCAGAAGUGAAGGAAGGAGAGAUCCUGCCUCCUACCAUUCAGAGGCUGAUGAAAGGAUACAACAAGUACCUCAGGCCUUUCUUUGACAAUGGUCCUGUAACAGUGGGUAUGAGCCUGGACAUUGCCAGCAUUGACACCAUCUCAGAGAUCAACAUGGACUACACCGCCACCAUAUUCCUCCGCCAGCGCUGGACGGACGAGCGCUUGGUGUUUGAGGGCAACAAGAGCUUGAGUCUUGACGGGCGCCUGGUGGAGCUGCUCUGGGUUCCUGACACCUUCAUCGUCGACUCCAAGAAGUCCUUCCUCCAUGACAUCACCGUGGCGAACAGGCUGAUUCGCAUCUUCCCCAAUGGGACCGUCCUUUACGCGCUGAGGAUUACCACCACCGUGGCUUGCAACAUGGAUCUGACCAAGUAUCCCAUGGACAAGCAGACCUGCACACUACAACUGGAGAGCUGGGGUUACAACGUCAAUGAUGUCAUGUUCUACUGGACCAGAGGAAAUGAGUCUGUCAGUGGUUUAGACACUCUACAGCUGGCUCAGUACACAGUAGAGGACCACUACACAUCUGUCUCAGAGGCCGUUUAUGAAACUGGCAAUUACCCGAAGCUGGUCUUCCACUUUGAGCUGAAGAGGAGCAUUCUGUACUUCAUCCUUGAGACUUAUGUCCCCUCGAGCCUGCUUGUUGUCCUCUCAUGGGUUUCCUUCUGGAUUUCCCUGUCCUCUGUUCCAGCACGUAUUUGUAUAGGAGUUACCACAGUACUGACCAUGACCACUCUGAUGAUGGGCGCCCGGACAUCACUGCCCAACGCCAACUGCUUCAUUAAAGCCAUUGAUGUUUACUUAGGGAUUUGCUUCAGUUUUAUCUUUGGAGCGCUCAUUGAGUACGCCGUGGCCCACUUCUGCACUCUCACUCACACCGACUCACACAUGCUCAUGUAUUCCCACCACUUGCACGACCUUGACGACGAAAUGAACGGCAUCAUCACCACCAUCGCCAAUCACAACAGGGCCAAGAGACGCAAGGAGGCUGCCGCGACUCCCACGCCGGCCCCUGCCUCCCUAGAACUCACUGUCAGCCCGUCCAGCCCCUCGGGCAGUGAGCCUAAGCCCGAGGCAUCGCCCCCGGAACCUACCAACUGGUGCCUCACUGCUCUGGCCACCGUCCGCAAAGUGCUCCGCUCCAUAAAUUGCUGUCACGUGGAGAAUCCUCACCACAUAGACAACUACUCCAGAGUCACCUUCCCCCUCUCUUUUGUCAUGGUUAAUCUGCUCUACUGGACAUAUUAUCUGUACUUUUAGCGUCGGCUUGAGCUCAGCACGUGUCCCAGAGAGUGUGAGACAGAGAGUGUAUGUAGUCAAGAAGUGUAUUUUACUGUAUGUAUGUACAGUAAGUGUUAUUUAGGUUUGUUUCAAGAUGAGUGUGUAAAAUUUCUGCAUUUGGAUUCAUGAGCGAAGUAGCAUACUUAUAUAGGGUUGUCUUCGAGGAAAAGUAAUGCUUAUAAUUACAGCUCCAUUUUUAAAUAUUGUAUACUCAAACUGACAAAGUUUUAUACAGCGGUCUUCUUAAAACUGGGCGAGAUUUGAUCAAUGCUCAUACAAACUGAGAUGAAAAGAACAUUGCUUAGAAAGAAAGACUUCGCGAGUUUGCAUCUUUUUCGCCAUAGUAUAUUCAUUUUAGGUCUAUCACUGUGCAGGUUGUUACUGUUGGACGCACAGAAGAUGGAGCUGUAAUUUAAGGCUUUAUGGCAUAAUAUGCUAGCAUUGCUGAGGGAGAGCAAAAGCCCGCUCCACUUUCAUUCCCUGUUGUGAUGGAUUGAUUAUUGAACUUUACAACUUCAUCUUCCAUUUCUGCCUGCAGGUACAACAUUUAGAGGGAAAUAGCAAAAAUAAUGGAUGGGAGACGAGAGACGAGGGAGCAAAUAACUCAACGAGGAGAGUGUGUUAAAAACUAUAAACCAGUCUCCCAAGGACGAUCGCUUCCGUUCGCUGUUGAAACCUCUCUGUCUUCUGUGUCCUUCUGUGAGUUAUUUUUAAUUCACUGAGCAGUGCUGACUCUCUUUGCCUGCAUUUAUUUUUUUCAUUGACACUAUAAAUGUAGUGGCCUUUGAUCCCUUCAGUUGUAUUUUGGAAAUCUGGCCACCAUGGACAGUAUUAUGGCACUUGUCAUCUCACAAAUCUGUUCUGCAGAUUCACGAGGAAGGAAAUGAAACUGAAACAUGAUGACCAAUAAAUUACACGGCAUAAAUAUCAGACCAUGGAAUUAAUAAUGAUAUGAAUAAAUAGAGUGAAAUAUAGAUAAGAUUUGAAAUUAUUUCUAAAAUAUUAUUUUAUUUAAAGGGGG